AUGGCUCCAAUCGCUCCCUGGCGCACCAUGGCGCUGUCCAUGGGUCCCUCGAGAAGGAUCUUCUCCUGCACCGUCUGCGCGGCAAGGCGACACCUAAGCACCACCCGUCCACGGCUUGCCGAAAAGCCCCAAGUCCCGGAACCGGCACCGGGCGCCGCCGCACCCGCAGAGCCGGCGAAGCCCGACCUGCCCGCGUCCGCCAUCCAUGCCCCCAGAGCCUAUGGCAAGAAGAUCAAGGACUUUACGCCGGAGCCUCUGCCGCGGCCCAUUGGCAUGACACACCCCCCGCACCCCGAAGACAACUCGGGUAUCGACAGGAGGUCGCUCAAGGAGCGCCGUGAUGAUUUUGUUGACUACGACAAGCAUCUCGUUCGUCGGAAGGAGCUAAAGGAGAAGAUGGCCCGCCCCUACUUCCGUGACUGGCGAAACAUGCAGUUCCACGAGGGCAAGUCUUUCAUUGCGCCACCCUUGCCUUUCAGGGCCGACAUGUCCCUCUUCUUCCCCAACUUUGUCGGCGAUACUCUUCAGAAGAACGCCAACCCGCGCGACACCACACGCACCCUCCUCAACAAGAUCACAGUGGUAGCCAUGUACAGCAGCAAGUGGGCAGAGGACCAGGUCAAGACUUUUGUCUCCCCCGAGGCGAAUCCUGCGUUGCACGAGCUUAUAUCCCAGACGAAGGGCAAGACGCAGAUUGUGCACCUCAACAACGAGGACAACUCGUUCAAGGCGUGGAUAGUCAAGCUGUUCAUGAAUAACCAGCGCAAGCAGAUCCCUGAGCAGGAAUGGGGCAAGCACUUUCUGGUGCCCCGCGCCAUCACCACCGAAAUCAGCGAGUCGAUUGGCUAUCUGAAUAGUAAGGUUGGCUACGUCUAUCUUGUCGACAACCUUUGCAGGAUACGCUGGGCUGCCAGCGGUCCCAGCCAGCCGGACGAGCGAGAUAGCCUGGUGAAGGGUAUGAAGCUGGUCCUUCACGAGUGGAACAAGGCAGAGAAGGCGGCGCACGAAGCCAAAAAGGCGGCUGGGGCGGCGAGAGAGGAGAACAAGAAGGCCGCAUCAUCAUAA